AUGGUCUAUCUGCGACCCAGCCGGAGACGGCAGCAGGUUGCCCUUCUCGUGAUCCUGGCUUGGGCGAGCUUCAGGUGGCAAAGCAGCUGGAGAAGCAGCUGGCGAAGCAGCUGGCGAAGCAGGGCGGAUCCUCAAAGCGGUCCGUGUGCCUUCAUCGGUUCGAACGCACGAAUCACAGGCCGCGCUGCUUCGUCCCCUCGCCGUUGUCCAGGGCCUCAGGCCAAAGGUGUGACCCGAGAAGGCGAGCUGAAUCUCCUGCUGGUCUCACAGUUUCCGGUCUUUGUGGCAGUUGGCGCUUUGAUUCCAGUCUUGCCGCUGUAUGGCCAGGAAUUCGGUCUCUCACAGAGUUCUGUGGGGCUUCUCGUUUCGUCACCAUCUCUUGCAAAGCUUCUCUUGAACCUACCAUUCGGCAAGCUCGCUGAUUCUGUUGGUCGCCGAUCUCUAAUGGUCGGCGGGAUGAUCCUGUGUGCCGCUGCCGACAUCGGCACCGGUUUCGCCUCGUCCCUGCCUUUCCUGAUCCUGGCGCGGCUCCUGCUGGGCGCCGGGCUGUCCAGCUCGGAUGCUGGCGCCUCCGCUUGGGUGGCCGAUGCUACGGAAAGCCAACCCGAGUCGCGGGCGUCGUUCUUGGGGGUUCAGAAUGCUCUCACGGCUCUUGCCUUCGUUCUUGGGCCAGCAGUCGGUGGAUGGCUGGUGCAGGAGUUUGGCUUGCGGUCCAUCUUCUUCGCGGUCGCCGCAGGUGCCGCCGCCUGCGCCGGCGGCUAUGCGCUCCUCCCCGAGCUGCGGGGAGCUCCCGAAAGUGCCGUGGAGGAGAAGUCCUUCCAGGAGCUCCUUCAGGCGCCGGAGCAGCAAGCCUUGGCCGGGAUCUCCGUAGCCUUCUACGCCGGCACGGCCUGCAAGAUCUCGCUGCUCCCCACCGUGGCCGCGGAAGCCUUUGGCGCCGGCCCGGCAGAAGUCGGGCAGAUCUUUUCGGCCCUGGCGGCUUUGGCCAUCGGAGGCACUCUGGCGGGCGGCCGCCUGACUGAUGCCAUCGGGCCGCGCAUCGUUCUCCUCUGCUGUGGUUCCAUCUGCACGCUGGCCUACGUGGGAGCGGCCUUGGCAACGGGGGCACAUGCCAAGGAGGCAUUCCUCGGCUUCCUUGGCCUUUGGGCAGUGGCGGCGGCCGUGAAGUCUCCAGCACUGCAGGCCUACGCCAUCGCGACAUCGCCGGAGGACCAACGCGGCGCGGCCUUGAGCGUUCCGAAGACCGUCGGCGACCUUAGCUACCUCAUCGCCCCAUUCUUGUUGGGGACCUUGGAUGACAGCCUUGGGCCAGAGGCCGCGCUGCUGUGCUGCGCUGCAGCUUUCUUUGCGGGAACCGCAUGGUUUGCGCUGCGGAGCUGA